AAGCACCUGCGCAUGCUGAUUAAAAUCCAUGCCAAGGAGAAAGAAGGGAUUCAAAUUAGGCCACCGCUUUGUAUACAAGGUCAGGAAGAACCAGCAACGGUAGCAGCACUCAAACAGUGAAAUACAAAGAUCGGAAGAUAUAUCAGAGAUGUGUAGCUCCGGUACAUAUGACGAGACUGCAGGAAAGGUCAUCUCUUGUAAGGCUGCCGUCGUAUGGGGUCCAGGACAGCCAUUCAUCAUCGAACAAAUACAAGUCGAUCCUCCUCAGAAAAUGGAGAUUCGAGUCAAGAUACUCUACACAUCAAUCUGCCACACCGACCUCAACUAUUGGAAAGGCGAGAACGAGAGCCAACAAGUUUUUCCUCGAAUACUAGGCCAUGAAGCUAUCGGAAUUGUCGAGAGCGUGGGAGAAGGUGUCGUCGACAUCAAGGAAGGUGAUCACGUCGUGCCUAUCUUCAAUGGAGAGUGCGGCCACUGCGUGUACUGUAAGUCUGAAAAGACAAACCUCUGCGAGGGGUUCCGUGUAGCUCCUUUUAAAACGGUCAUGGAGAACGACAGAAAGACGAGGUUCUCGACCAGAGAUGGGCAACCCAUCUACCAUUUUCUCAACACAUCUACUUUCAGUGAGUACACCGUCCUUGACUGGGCCUGUGUUGUGAAGAUCGACCCAGAGGCUCCUCUCAAGCAGAUGACCUUGCUCAGCUGUGGUGUCUCUACAGGACUUGGGGCUGCAUGGAACACCGCAAACGUGCAAGCUGGGUCGACUGUAGCCAUAUUUGGUUUGGGCGCUGUAGGUUUGGCCGUUGCUGAAGGAGCAAGGAGUAGACGAGCUUCACGCAUAAUUGGAGUGGAUAUCAACCCUGACAAAUUCGUCAAAGGUCAAGCUAAGGGAGUAACAGACUUUAUUAAUCCAAAGGACCUCGAUAAAUCUGUUCAUGAGAAAAUAAUGGAAAUGACGGGAAAAGGAGUUGACUACAGCUUUGAGUGCGCAGGGAACGUGGAUGUUCUCCGUGAGGCUUUCUUGUCCACCCAUGAUGGCUGGGGUUUGACGGUGAUAUUGGGAAUUCAUGCAACGCCAAGAAUGCUGCCCCUCCAUCCAAUGGAUUUCUUUGAGGGCAGGAAAAUUGUUGCGUCGGUCUUCGGAGACUUCAAAGGGAAGACCCAAUUGCCUCAAUUUGCCAGGGACAGCAUGCGUGGAGUGGUGAAUUUGGAUGGAUUUAUAACUCACGAACUUCCCUUCGACCAGAUCAACGAAGCCAUUCAGCUGCUUGUGGAUGGCAAGUCGUUGAGAUGCCUCCUGAAUUUAUAGUAUCCAUGUCUUAUUCAUUAUUUAUUAUAUUUAGUAUUUAGACUGUACUGUAUAUCAGUAUAUACGAGGAGAGGAAAGAAGAGAAGUAUGGGAUUGGGGACAGUGGUGGGACACAUUCAGUCCAUGUUAACAAAAUAAAGCCAAGGCGCAAGGGUGUGUCUGGCCAUGUUUCCCCUUGAGCCGACUCAUCAAGCAGUGACAGUGGACGAUGGCAACAGAAAGAUACACCACGUACCCACCUUUCACUGAGUGAGAGAUCCAGUGUACACUCCAAAUUCCGAUCUGCUUUCUUUUUAUUUUAAUGUAACAUGAUUUUUCUAAGGCAUUUCUCUUUUCUUCUCUUCUCUCGA